AUGGACUUUCUUUCCACUGCUUUACCACCCAUAGCAAUAAGUUUAGCUGUAAUACUCUUGGCCGUUAUUUUUUGGCCGGAGAAGAACAAGAGGUACCCUCCUGUUGCCGGAACUGUCUUCCACCAAGUCAUCAAUUUCCCAAGGCUGCAUCAUUACCACACUGAGCUUGCAUGCAAGUACAAAACUUACAGGAUUCUUGACUUGUUCAAACAUGCUAUCUACACAGUAGAUCCUGCAAAUGUGCAAUACAUACUCAAAACAAAUGUUGCAAACUAUGGCAAGGGAUUGUACCUGCAUAGCAUUCUGUCAGAUCUUAUGGGAGAUGGAAUCUUCGUUGUGGAUGGGGACAAAUGGCUGCAUCAAAGGAAGACAUCAGGCUCUCACUUCUCAACCAAAGUACUUAGAGACUUCAGUAGUGAAAUCUUCAAAACUAAUGGAGUAAAACUUGCUGGAAUAAUUUAUGAAGCUGUAACCUGUGACGAAUCAAUGGAUAUCCAAGACUUGUUUAUGAAAUCAACCUUGGAUUCAAUCGUCAAGAUUCUACUUGGCAUCGAACUAGGCACCAUGUCUGGAACAAAUAAUGAAGAAAAUAUCCGGUUUUCCAAUGCUUUUGAUGAUGCAAACCAAGCUACCCUUCAUCGUAUUUCUGAUAUCUUCUGGAAGAUCAAGCGGUUCUUGAACAUUGGUAGGGAAGCAGUGCUAAGAAAAAAUAUAGAAGUGGUGGAUCAUUUUAUAUACAAAUUAAUCAACAGAAAGAUUGAAGCACUCCAUAAUUCAGAAAAUGAUGAGCAAUAUAAAAGAGACUUUAUCUCAAGGGUUUUGGAAACUAGGGAGACCGAUCCAAAGUACUUGAGAGACAUGGUCCUAAAUUUUAUUGCAGCCGGCAAAGACACAACUGCUUCUGCUCUUUCAUGGUUUUUUUAUAUGAUGUGCAAGCAUUUCGAUAUACAAGAAAAGAUUGCACGGGAAGUUAGAGAAGCAACAUGUCUGAAUAAUACUUCAAGUAUUGAUGAACUUGCAGCCAACCUUAAUGAAGAAGCUCUUAGCAAAAUGCAAUAUCUUCAUGCAGCUUUGACUGAGACACUCAGGCUCUAUCUUACGGUUCCAUUGGAUGCGAAAGUUUGUUUUUCCGAUGAUAUCUGGCCAGAUGGAUUUAAUGUCAAAAAAGGAGAAAUGGUGGUAUACCAAUCUUAUUUAAUCGGUCGGAUGGAGUUUUUAUGGGGUGAUGAUGCAGAAGAGUUUCGGCCAGAGAGAUGGCUUGACGAAAAUGGCAAUUUUAAGGAAGAAAGCCCUUUCAAAUUCAUAUCCUUUAAUGCUGGUCCAAGAAUUUGUCUAGGAAAAGAGUAUGGUUAUAUGCAGAUGAAGAUCGUUUAUGCUGUUCUUUUAGGCUGCUACAAAUUCAAGAUGAGUGAAGAGAAAAAAAUGGUCAAUUACAAAACGAUGUUCACCCUCCAUAUCGAUGGAGGUCGCCAUGUUAAUGCCUCUCCGAGAGUUUGA